UUGGCUCUUGAAUAUUUAUCAGGUUGCGCUCGUGAACUUCCAAUAGUAAAGGCAUGGCUCAUGAAUAUUAAGAAGCAAGCCUUUCCCAUAGUAUUGCCCAUCCAGGACAUACAUGUUGUCAAAGUAUUACUGUCUCAAUCACGAAAAUGGCACCCAACAGGAAAAACAGCCUUCCUAACGCAACUCUCCUUUUAAAACGAAAGGCUUCAUAAAUUGAAGUGUUUAUGCACGAGAUUUUGGAUCUAAAGGACUCGAAUUCAAGGGAUAAAUCAGGUUUGGGGUAGUAUCGCGUGCUGUCUUUGGGAAGUUAAAUUGAAGAAAUUACUCUUGGUAUGGAUUUUAUACUGUACAAUUUAGGCUAAAACGUAAUUUUUGUAGUCUUAAUGUGUGGCAUUGGUAUUGUACAUUCGUGUAUUAGUGUACUGUGCAUCACCAUGACAGAAGCUGUAGUCAUAAUAACCUAGAUAAAGACAACUACCGCUGCGCUUUAUCAUAUCAUAUGCACAUGGUAUGGAAUAGUUAUUCGCUUUCAGUGGAUGGCAGCAGAAGCAUGGGAUGAUGGAAAGUUCUGUACAGCUUCAGUUAAAUGUCUAACUAGUCAUCAGGAAUGACGAGAGGGAUGCGCUCAUCACUGGAUGUGGAGUACAGUCCGGUGGGUGAGAGCUUCAGCAUGCAGGAGUUCUGGCUCUAUGUGUGUCUGCGCAGGGUCUCUGUGGUCGCCGCGCACAUAAUUUCAUUUGGUCUGGCUAUUCUCACAUCCAUACUGUCCAGACCAGGAACAAGUCUUUUCUCUUGGCAUCCCGUCUGCAUGUCACUUGGGUUUGGCCUGUGCAUGACAGAGGGCAUCCUUCUCUUCUCUGCUGAGGGCAGUCCGCUCUGCUUUAAAUCCCGUAAAUGGAAGGUCCGUCUGCACUGGUUCUUCCAGGCCUUGCUGCUGGUGUUUGGAGCUACAGGCUUCAGCUUCAUGGUGGCCAGCAAGAAUGUAUCAGAGCAUUCUCACUUUACCUCCUGGCACAGUCUACUGGGAGUUGGUACAAUGGCUGCUACUGUGCUACAGGCGAUCUGUGGCAUCUUUCUUCUGUUUCCCACACUUAUCAGCACCCAAUCGUUUCCACGGUUGAGACUGUACCAUCGCACCUGUGGCCUGGUGGCCUACCUGCUGGCCACCAUCACUAUCAUGUCAGCCAUGUUUACAGACUGGUUUCAGGCCACGGUGAAAGGAACAAUGUGGUACAUCUUCCUACUGCUUCCACUGUUUCCUGCCUUGGUGGUGAUGAACCAAAUUACUAAUGCCUUCCUGCCCAAAAAGAAGAUUACUAGCUGAAAACUAAAGCCUCAAUUUAGGGCUCUGAACUUGAACAGAGAUUAGACCACUGAACGGUAAAGCACUACUUUGAGGAACUGAUGAAAUUUGAUUUCUUUAAAGUGCGUUUUCCUAUUUAAAUUCAAGUGUGUCACUUAUUCAAUGUUAAAUAAUGUCAAUGUCAGAGACAAUUUUAAGGAAACCAUUUACAGGAUGAUUUACACAAAAAGUGGUUGUAUCAAAACAUUGUUUGUUUGAACCAAUGGCUUGUGUUUGGGAAAGGACCCCAACUAUUGGCAUAUGUGGGAAAACCUAUUAUUUUCAUUAUUUUUAUUAAUGAAAAUAAACAAUAUUAGUAGUAGGGCUGUCGAUUUAACACGUUAAUUUAGUGCAAUUAUAUAAAAAAUAACAUGUAAAAAAAAAAAUAUGCAAUUAAUCAUGCCUCCUGUACCGUAGGUAAACUCAGUAAUUAAAGUAUGUAUUUUCCAACCAUUAGAGCAAUAUAAAGGAAUAGUUCAUCCAAAAAUGAAGUGUGUAUGACUUUCUUUCUUAAGCAGAACA